GGCAGGCUGAACAGAGAAGCUCUUAACAAAGCAGUGGUAGCGGGGGGGAGUGAGUGUUCUCUUCAGGGGAGCAGGCUGGGCUGCCCCUCAGCUCACACAUUCAUUAGUCCUCUCCAGCUGGAGACUGGGUGGCAAGGCUGGCAUCCCCCCUUGCUGUGCACUUGUUAUUGUGUGUGUGUCUGUGUCUGUGCCUUUGUGUCUGUAUGUGAGGAAACCGAAAGAGAGAGCUGUGUGUUUGACUGACUGUGUGUGUGUGUGUGUGUGUGAGAGAGAGUGUGUAUUUAAUGUAACUCAUGGGUGGAGAAAAUCUUUGUAGACUUAAGCACUAAAAGGAAGGCCUCUAUCUGACUAACACAAGGGGCCUUUUCUGUUCAGUGGUCCAGGACAAUGAAUCCAAAUCAGAUGAUUAUGAUAACUUGAUUGGCCAGAGUCUAGAGUCUUUGGUCAGUACAGUAGCUUCCCACAGCUGGAAGUGUGUGUGUUACUGUGGCAGCGCUGGUCUUGUAAAGACAACAUCCUAAACCUCAGUUAUUCAUUGUCAGUGUCUUCUGGUAAUACCUUUGAUGUUGAAAUUCUAAGUGCUGUUUGCUGACCAAGAGAAAUCUGAGGGCCUGCCCAUCCCUGCCUCAAGGCUUAGAGCCAAUUUAUGCUUUAUCCGGAAAUGUGGUCGGAGGCACCGUAUGGAUGGUAUGAUGCAAUUGCGGAGCCUUCGGAGGCACGCAGAGGCCAAAUUGAGCUCUGUACCGCAUCGCCGUGCACCUCUCAAAUUUUGUAACAGUGCGGAGGGCUCCGUAUAGCUCCGCAUUGACAUGAUUGGUUGACGGUAGGUGAGGGCAGGAGGUCCUGUAUAAACACAAACUCACUUCCUUGACAACUUCCUUCACAACAGCUCUGCGCUGCUCCGCGAAGCGCCAGAAGUAUGAAUGACUUCUGCCAUAUCACCUUAAAUGAUGCACGGCCAAUGCAGACGUCGGAAUGACCAUGCAGCGCCUUUUAGGCUACACUCACAAGUUUGCCCCAAAUAUACAUUCAGAAUUGGUUCAUUUGAUAGUAUUUGAUAGUUGUAUGAUCUUGGAGUGACUAUUUUGAUUUUUAAAAAUUACAUGAUUGUUACCAUAAAACUUUGAGUGAUACCAUGACAACAAUCAAAAGAUCCUCCCCUCAGAAAUGAACUCCUUAACCUGUGUCAGCAGUUCCCGAGGCUCCACCCCUGGAGGGACCAGGGCUAAAGGCGCUGAAAUAGAUUUGGGGAUUAGCGAACGGGUCAAAGUUUUGAUUUAAUCUGGGUCUCUCUCUCUCUCUCUCUCUCUCUCUCUCGCUCGUUCUCUUUCUCUCUCUCGCUCUCUGCUGGAGGUGGUGUGGGGAAAGACAGAUGGCUGAGUUUGACUAAAUCCAGUGCUGGGGAGCCAAUCCCGCUCUGUACUGAACACUUGUCUCAGUCAUCAUCCAAUCACGUCGCUGAUCCCUGUUCCAAAACCCACUGGAGAACACCCCUCCAGCAUGCCAGAAAAUUUGAUAGAUCACUAUCCUUUGGGGUCAGACUCCUAUCUCUGCUAACUUCAUUACAGACAACUAUGCCGCUUGACCCAAAGGGGUCCUGGCCGGCCCAGCGGCUCACUGAGUUAGUGAAACUGCUCUAGCAGAUGCCCUGACACAGAGACAAAACAAGCAGGGUCUUCUCUUCCAAUCCAGAGACUCAUCUCAUAUUUCUGUGGCUGUUUGACUUCUUAUGUAACCCCCUGUGUCCCCACAGGCACUAGCUCUGGAAGGUUUAUGUAAGAGUAGAGAGAGAUCAUCUCUGGUACAGUAGAGGUACAGCUGGUCCAGAACACAAAAGGUUAAAUCCCUGUGUGAGGCUAGGCUAUGCCCCAGAGCGUGCUAAAGAAAUACAUACUCUUGUUGUAAUGAGGUGGAUGGAUGUGAGCUUAAACAAAUGGAGGGAGAAAAUGCCCUCACUAAUGGGAAUGUUAGACAGCUGCCGGCGGCUUAGAAUUCUAAGAACACAAUUACAUGUUAAUUCUAGCAUGUUGGUUCUAUGUCUCAUUGUGUGGAUGUAAUGUUGUUGUUUGGAGUGGCUCCAUCCUGUGCUCUGCUAUGUGCAUGUCUCAGGUGGAGGUGAACAUCACUCUGACUCACUCUCCAGUAAAUGAAGGCCCUGCAGCGUUGGCUGGCUCCCCAUACUGUUUCUGUUGCCAGGUGUCUGAAAAUAUUGUUUGUGGGGAUUGUCACAUUUAAGGGCAUGCAAUAGUAUGUGUUAUAGUGUUAUAGUAGUAGAAGUUGUGUGUUGUGCUGCCAUAGCGACAUUAGUUUCACUUAUCUAGUUCAUGUGCCUAUUUUGAACAUGGGUAAAAAAUGCACUUCUUUCAUAGUUUCACCAAUAUUAGGGCCGUUGGCAGUGAAAGAGAGUUCCAUGCAACUGUCUCUUUCAGCCUGCUCAUAAGCCAGCACCCCGUUUCGUUGCUGCUUGCAGCUAUAUUGAUCCUACAUUUUUGUUCGAUAUUCUUAAACCCUCCAACAAUUGUCUUAUUUUGUCAUACAACAGUCCUGAAAUCCUCACACUUACCAACAACUUCAGUGGAGUCUAGAACUGAGAUAAUCUUUGACUAGCAGAAUUCCUGACAUGCUUCAUGGAUAUCAAGGACUGUGCAGUUACUCAGGAGGUGUGUAGUUGUCUUCUCACUGCUUGGCAGCUGACAACUGACCACUUCAUUCUGACAAAGUUACAUUGAUGAUUAAGAGCAGGAAAAUAUAUAGCUAGUGGUGUUAAAACACUUUAGACUUUUUGAAUAUGUAGUAUCUUUAGUUGUAUAGGCUGCUACAUACAGUAGGUGAUUCUAACAUGUAUUGACUCAGGGGUGUGAAUACUUAUGUAAAUUAGGUAUUUCAUUUUCAAUACAUUUGCAAACAUUUCUAACAUUUUCUAUUGUGUAUAGAUGGGUGAGAGAAAUGUAAUCAAUUUUGAAUUCCGGCUGCAACACAACAAAAUGUGGAUUAAGUCAACGGGUAUGAAUACUUUCUGAAGACACUGUAGAAUCCUCACCAUGCCAUAUUGCAAUCUUUUGAAUUUAAAUCAGUUGAAGAAGGAUUCCCUUCAGUGUGUAAUAACAUAGUCAUACAGUUAGUGUAGACAUGAACUCGGUCAAUAGUUUAAUCAGAUGUGACAUUUGUUCAUUUCUGUGGGUCAAAAUCCCCAAAGUAUGGACAGUUUCAGCCACCCAUCUGUUUUCCAGGAGAAUCAGCUGUCUUUGUCAAAGAUACAAAUGUCUCAGUGAUGUUGGACCAAGCAUUAGUUGAAUGAGUUAUCAUCAGUUACUUACUUAUCUUGGGGCAUCUAUGAAUGUAGUCCUUAAAUAUUCACAAGGUUUCCUUCUAUCUCUAAACAAAUGUAGCCUACAGUAUUGAAACUACAGAACUACAGCGUAGGCUAAUACAUGGCAGUGGCCCAUGGUUUAGAGUUAUGCCUGGGAGUAUUUUGUUUGACCUUUUGUUGCUGCUAUUUGACAGUUUAAGGAAUAAACAGCGUUCUAAGACAUUCCAACGUGGUCAAGCUAGUUUGGUGAUGACCAGCCUCCUUUAAUAGGUUUGACCCCUGUAUCACCUCAGUGUCCCAGACCAUCUUCCCAAUGGUGUGGAUGGAAACCUUCUGGAGACCUGACUUUCCCUCAGAUUCACUAGCUGCCAAUCCAGGAAUAGAUCAAACUACACCGAGGGAGGAGAGGGUUAAAUCUAGCAGUCGCAAAACAUGCCUGUAUGAAAAUAAGUAGUUUUUCAGUUCCUCUGAUUUUGGAAAAAAAUUGUCCUCAGGGCCUCCUCGCUCUCAAAACUGGUCUGAAAAGCAAAGGGAGCUUGGCAUUUUUGUAAGUUUUGAACCAAGUCCUGAGUUCCUGAAAGGUUCGCACAAAAGCCCAGUUGCCUAGCUGCCUGUGAGGAGCCCUGCUCUGCCAGCCUUUGUGUGCGGCUAUCUGGCUGAACAGACCUCUUAUGGAGACCCACAAGAAUGCAGAGGGGGAGAGACUUUCUCCCUGCUUAAUUUUAUUCAUUUCUCAGCUGGCAGGAAGGAGUCAUUCAAAUAUUACCAUAGUGCAUUUAGCAACCAUUUUAAACUCAAAGAAAUGGUAUUUCAAAAGUAUGCAGAGAAUCCUUCUUUGACUAUUUCUAGCACAUUCCAUCCUGAUACAUAGAAUAGUCAUUUGAACAUAGGCAUACGUUUUCUUUUGAAUACGACCUUUUUCACCUAUUCACAUUUCAAAUGUCUAAGUUAAAAUGCCCCUUUCACCACAUCUUCAGUUGUGUGUUGAAGUGACCAUGCAUGACAUUCUGUAGAUUCAAAGGGUGUAAUACAUAGCUUUUCUCACCCUGGGUGUGGUGCAUAAACACUGACUAACCCCCCCUCAGGACCUUUCAUUUUGACUCACCCUCUAUAGAUAAAAAGGUCUGGAAUGUCUUUACUUGUUAGACCCAGACAGAGGAAUUGGCUUCCUCCUUCAGAAGCUUCAGUAUGAUGAAAUCAUUGACAGUUUUAUAGCUGUGUGUGGAAUGAGGUGUUGGUUAGUAUGGCAAGAAAAUAUUCUCUUGGACUCUCCAGUAAGUCUUUUAAAUACUGGCUUCAUGAAAGUAGUGUUCUUUAUCUGAUUCUAAUGGAUUAAAGGUUUAAUGCUUGUCUGGAGGAUAUUCCCCUGUUUGGAUUUGAAUUUGAAACAUGGCAUAUUUGGGAACCGAAAGUAUUUGUUAUGCUUCUGUUUUAAAGUGACAGAAGAUUAGCGUACAGCAAGAUGUGCUAAUUGUGCAUAAUAGAUAAUGAAGGGUUGUGUUUUCUAAACACUGCAUGAGUUUUGGGUCUGCUUGUUAAACUUGUUAAUGCUUAUCCUAGCGUGAUCACCCUUGGCCUGACAAUGGCAUAGUUCCACUUGACGGCUACUGUACUGUUUGAUCUGAAUUAUAGCCUACAUGUGGUAACUAACUGUCUUCAAUGAGGUCACCCUGGUGAAAGGACAUGACUUCAGUAUUCUAUUAUUUUAACCUGGCAACUGUGGUACAUCCAGGAAUAUCUUUACAAAUAAUAUAAAAUUAAUAGCAUUGCAAUCCAUUCACUGUGCAAUAGGUAAUUCAAACCAGAGUAGAGAGAAUUUCUAUACUGUAUAUAUUAAUUUUUAUAUUUUCAUAGAUUUAACGAUGUUGGCCUGUAGCAAUGCAGAACUCUGAAAAUGACUGUUCCAGUGAACCAACAAUAAUACUGUCUGUCCCUGUUAGUAUGGUGUACAGUGUACAUCACAAAUGCAAUACUGUAUUUGUAUACGUGUGUGUGUAUGUGUGCAUGCAUGCAUGUGUGUGUGAUAUACUUUAUUUGCAGAGAAAUUAUUUCAACACACUACAGCCAUUAGAGUAGUUAUCAAACAGUGGUGGAAAAAGUACCCAAUCAUCAUAUUUGAGUAAAAGUAAAGAUACCCUAAUAGAAAAUGACUCAAGUAAAAGUGAAAGUCACCCAGUAAAAUACUACUUGAGUAAAAGUCUAAAAGUAUUUGGUUUGAAAUAUUCUUAAGUAUCAAAAGUAAAUGUAAUUGCUAAAAUAUACUUAAGUAUCAAACGUAAAAGUAUAAAUCAUUUCAAAUUCCUUAUAUUAAGCAAACCAGACGGUACCAUUUUCUUGUAUAUUUAAUUUACGGAUAGCCAGGGGCACACUCCAACACUUAGACAUAAUUUACAAACGAAGCAUGUGUGUUUAGUGAGUCCGCCAGAUCAGAGGCAGUAGGGAUGACCAGGGAUGUUCUCUUGAUGUGUGAAUUGGACAAUUUUCUGGUCCUGCUAAGUAUUCAACAUGUAACGAGUACUUUUGGGUGUCAGGCAAAAUUUAUGGAGUAAAAAGUACAUUAUUUUCUUUAGGAAUGUAGUGAAGUAAAAGUAAAAGUUCUCAAAAAUAGAAAUAGUAAAGUAAAGUACUGAUACCCCAAAAAAACAACUUAAGUAGUACGUUAAAGUAUUUUACUUGAUUACUUUACACAACUGUUGUCAAAGUAGAUUAGACUCAGGGGAUCAGAUGGGACAUGCCGCUUCCUCUCCAGAUUGGAGCUGAACAAUGAGUGUUCACAGGAAAAUAGUUCUGACUGUGUGUUCGGUAUCUCUCACUUCCUCUAGAAAGAGGGCGGUUUGAGCUAAUAAUGAGCUCAGGUUUGUCUCAUGUUUCAGAGUCGUAUCCUUGGACUUGUAAGGUGCCCUCGGAACAAGAGAAUCUCAUGAGACGAGAUGGAACAUCCCUGUCUGGUACCAUCUUUCCCACGUAGAUUUUCAAUUUAAGUCCCCAAACAACAGUUCUUUAUGGCAGUGACAUUUGAAGUUAACUUAGAGAGGAACUGACAGUUAAUAGGUGAAGUUGUGCUCUGGCCCCUCCCUUCCUUCCAUAAUUGUUGACAGAAGUCAGAGAUUACACCGAGCUGGGUGCCUUUAGCAGUGUCAGGAUCCACCCACCUUCAUGCUUUACAGCGAGCGGAUCAGAUGCCCCCCGGAUUAGAGGCACCCGAAAGGGAUCUUUAAUCGGAGCGCUGUAUCAUACUCACCAACAUUAAUCCAGUUAAUUGGGUCCCGGCAUUGGAGGUGUGAGGGACCGUGAGAAACUCCAUUAAAGCCACACUGGUAGAGGAGUAGGCCAGCCCCUUUGCUCUCACUCUGCACCAAGGGGCCAGGAUAAAAGGCCUCUGAGCCCUCAGAAGCCCCCGCUGAGAAGAGAUGAAACCCUCGCUUCCAGCCAGCAGACUCCCAGAACAACCAAAUGGGGAUUAGUAAGGUAUCUAGCGUAUAUCCCUGAUGAACAGAUGUUUUGAAGUGUUUUCAACAGACUUAUGAUCUAUGGCUGCAGUAUAGCCUGCUUGUCUAAGUUAUUUAGCUCUUCAAAGAGCUUUAUCUAGACACUCUGUUUAAGUUGAUAGGGGGUGGGGCUAAAAGAGACAGACCAAUCUAUCCAAACUAUCAUUACGACAUAGCAUGACUUAGCAUGGUUAUUUUGUCCCUCUCUGUUCUCUCUUAGCUAAAGGUGGUGCCUGUGAAAUAGGUGUGACUGAAACCUUAUAGUAGAUGCGCUGGACCAAGCGGUAGACAGAUUCCUUAGCACUACAUAAUUAGGAUUAUUUGCCAUAUGUCUCAGAUGCAGAAAGGGAUGUCCAUGAUCAGGAAAAUAAACAAGAUAAUUGGUCCAGGACCUGUACUUUACAGGAUUACAUGGUGGGCUAUUUCAUAAUGUAAUGCUGUUUCUUCCUUGGUAUAGUUUUUCAACUGUCCCUGGAAUGUAUAGUUUAAGAUUUACCAGCUCAUUAACUUAACUUCUUGGAUCAUUAAUUUCAUUCAAUUUCUGUAUAUGAUGCAUGUUGAAAGUGGGAACACAAUAUCCUCCAAUAAUUGCCUCCACUUAUAGCACAAAUAGCAUGAAACUGAAGCAAUGAUACAGUGCCUUGCAAAAGUGUUCAUCCACCUUGGCGUUUUUCCUAUUUUGUUGCAUUACAACCUGUAAUUUAAGUGGAUUUUUAUUUGGAUUUCAUGUAAUGGACAUACACAAAAUAGUCCAAAUUGGUGAAGUGAAAUGAAAAAAAGAACUUGUAAAUUAAAAAAAAAAAAAUAAAUAACGGAAAAGUGGUGUGUGCAUAUGUAUUCACCCCCUUUGCUAUGAAGCUCCUAAAUAAGAUCUGGUGCAACCAAUUACCUUCAGAAGUCACAUAAUUAGUUAAAUAAAGUCCACCUGUGUGCAAUCUAAGUGUCACAUGAUCUGUCACAUGAUCUCAGUAUAUAUACACCUGUACUGAAAGGCCCCAGAGUCUGUAACACCACUAAGCAAGGGGCACCACCAAGCAAGCGGCACCAUGAAGACCAAGGAGCUCCCCAAACAGGUCAGGGACAAAGUUGUGGAGAAGUACAGAUCAGGGUUGGGUUAUAAAAAAAUAUCUGAAACUUUGAACAUCCCACGGAGCACCAUUAAAUCCAUUAUUAAAAAAUGGAAAGAAUAUGGCACCACAACAAACCUGCCAAGAGAGGGCCGCCCACCAAAACUCACGGACCAGGCAAGGAGGGCAUUAAUCAGAGAGGCAACUAAGAGACCAAAGAUAACCCUGAAGGAGCUGCAAAGCUCCACAGCGGAGAUUGGAGUAUCUGUCCAUAGGACCACUUUAAGCCGUACACUCCACAGAGCUGGGCUUUAAGGAAGAGUGGCAAGAAAAAAGCCAUUGCUUGAAGAAAAAAAUAAGCAAACACGUUUGGUGUUCGCCAAAAGGCAUUUGGGAGACUCCCCAAACAUAUGGAAGAAGGUACUCUGGUCAGAUGAGACUAAAAUUGAGCUUUUUGGCCAUCAAGGAAAACGCUAUGUCUGGCGCAAACCCAACACCUCUCAUCACCCCGAGAACACCAUCCCCACAGUGAAGCAUGGUGGUGGCAGCAUCAUGCUGUGGGGAUGUUUUUCAUCGGCAGGGACUGGGAAACUGGUCAGAAUUGAAGGAAUGAUGGAUGGCGCUAAAUACAGGGAAAUUCUUGAGGGAAACCUGUUUCAGUCUUCCAGAGAUUUGAGACUGGGACGGCGGUUCACCUUCCAGCAGGACAAUGACCCUAAGCAUACUGCUAAAGCAACACUCGAGUGGUUUAAGGGGAAACAUUUAAAUGUCUUGGAAUUGCCUAGUCAAAGCCCAGAUCUCAAUCCAAUUGAGAAUCUGUGGUAUGACUUAAAGAUUACUGUACACCAGCGGAACCCAUCCAACUUGAAGGAGCUAGAGCGGUUUUGCCUUGAAGAAUGGGCAAAAAUCCCAGCGGCUAGAUGUGCCAAGCUUAUAGAGACAUACCCCAAGAGACUUGCAGCUGUAAUUGCUGCAAAAGGUGGCUCUACAAAGUAUUGACUUUGGGGGUGUGAAUAGUUAUGCACGCUCAAGUUCUGUUUUUUUGUCUUAUUUCUUGUUUGUUUCACAAGAAAAAAUAUUUUGCAUCUUCAAAGUGGUAGGCAUGUUGUGUAAAUCAAAUGAUACAAACCCCCAAAAAAUCCAUUUUAUUUCCAGGUUGUAAGGCAACAAAAUACGAAAAAUGCCAAGGGGGUGAAUAUUUUCACAAUCCACAUGUGUAAAUAUUGGCAUAUAAAUUGUGUCUUCCUGUAUUAUACUCAUGCUAAAAUGUUUAUUCUGUUCUACUGAGCCAUUUACUUUAUGUUUGUAUUCUUAUCUUGUAUUAUUUCUUAUUGUUGUUGGAUUGUCGAGGAACCUGCAAGUAAGCAUUUCAUUGGACGUGUAUACCAUGUGGAUCCUGUACAAACGACUAAUAAAAUUGAAGCACUAUAACCAGAUAAUGAGCCAGGUUAAGACAUGUAAAUAAAGACUGUUUCUUAACCACUCAUCAAUGAAAUGCCUUAGAGGUGAUCCUGGUAAAAGACUGGGGGAAAAACCAACAAUAGACCUGCAUUGAAAUUAUGCAUUGAUAUGCUAUAUUAUGCACACAUCCUUUUGCCUUGGUAUAGCCUUCUCUGGUAUACCUUUACAAACCCAUAAAACUGGGCGAUGAUGUGGAUGUCGAUUAAAGCAGCCCUUUGCACCUCUCUGAUUCAGAGGGCUUGGGUUAAAUGUGGAAGACACAUUUCAGGUAAAUGCAUUGCUGUACAACUGACGAGGUAUCCCCCUUUCCCUUUCCUUUCCUUUAAUGUCUAUGGGGCUGAAUGGAAGAAAUCAUUAUUUUGUCAUAUUGCUUACUGUGGCUGUGUCCUCUGACACUUGAGAAGAUAGCUAGGUGACCUCAUCACCUGUCAUAAUGAUGGAACAAACGCAUAACAAGCUUUCAGACCACCAUUAGUAACUUCAACAAGCACACAUACUUAGUCUAAAAUGACAAUGUACCAUUUUCUUGGCAGUUCACUUGGUUUCAACAAGCAUGACUGAAUACAGCCUGGCGGAUGAGCAGUCUUAUAAUUUAGCUAAUAAGCUACAUUGAGUAUACUGGUUUGCACAGCUGCUGGCGUGGUUAAUCGUGAGCUAGUUCCUCUGAGUCAGGUAGAAACAUUCACAGAUUUGACAGCUCGACACGUUGAUGGGUGUAAUGAUGGUAGGAACUCCUGGAAAGACAGCCUUUUUCCAGUGAGUCACUGCCUGCGGUCACACCAACUCUCACUCAGCUAACCGCAGAAGUCUAACUCCUGUGGUUGUUUAUAGCUGUUUUUAUGGCAUUGUGUCUGAUGGUAUGACAUAAAAAGUGAAAACAAAAGUGUUUGUGUGGAUGACGCUCUCCUCUGUUGUUGAUGUCAAUCACCCCUAUUCAACCUGUAUAAACUAAUUUGAAAGACAAAGCUAUUCUACAGCUGCUGUCUCCCCAACAGAAAAUUGUCUGUUUUCCCAAUUCCCGUAGCUAGUAGCAAUGACGCAAUCACCAUUGAAAUCUCAAUCUAUUCCCCCCAUUCCCUCCUGGCUUCCUGUUUGACAGUCUACUACUCUACCAUGUGACACGUGCUAGCAUGUUAUCACCACAUGUGUUUCCUGUUCUCUUGCAGGCGCUGAGGAUGAAAUAAGGGAGCCAACCUGGGAGUGUCCGGAGGUCCAAGCCCUCUCUUCUCGCCUCUUCUCCUCCUACCUUUCUGCCCACUACCCCUGUGUGUGUCGGUCAUGAGUUAGUGUGGGUGUGGGUGUCAGCCCCCCCUCUCCUCUCCCCCCCCCCCCCCCCCCCCCCACCCCACCCCACCCAACCCCACCCUCUCCUUGGAGCACCGCGUCUAGGAGACAGUGUUUCACUUGCCCUGCUUACAUGAGCCAGCAGGAUGAGGCUGUGGUCCUCGCACUGUCCGAGCGCCUCCUCGUAGCCUCCCACAAGGGCCAGGCUGACAAUGUGGUCCAGCUCAUCAACAAGGGCGCCAAAGUAGCCGUCACCAAGGUGAGUGGAGCAGAGGAGGUUGCCUUCUUGUGUGUUUAUAACACGUUGUCUUUUGAAUGUGUAUAUAUUAGUAGUAGUCACCAUGCUUUUUUCCCGUCAGAUGUGUGGGUACUGUGUCUGUGUGUAGCCAAUUGAUUAGUGUGGGUACUGUGUCUGUGUGUAGCCAAUUGAUUAGUGUGGGUACUGUGUCUGUUUGUAGCCAAUUGAUUAGUGUGGGUACUGUGUCUCACUCAACUGCAGCCUCAUUGGGCCACCAGGACAACGACCAUGGGCAGAUUGAUGUGUGUUGUAUGGUUGUAUCUGUAUUUCAUGCUCUGAUUAGAUCCCCUCUACAGCACAAUGUCAAAAGGUUAGUGGGACUGGAGCAGCAUAGGACCAUAUUAUAAUCCUAACUCUUUCAUGGAUACACUAAUAGGCAUAUACUGUAUGCCUGUUAUACUGGUCGGUGUGUAAAACUACCAUGUUUCACCACUGAAUGUUAGUAGGCCUAUUUUACAGGAAGGAGAUGUUGGAAUUCUGAGAGGAAUAGGAAUGCGUUAGUGUUGAUGACAAAUGAACAGGUCCAUGAGGGUCUCUGUCUGAGGCUGACCAUACCUGUGUAUGUGUCUCUUCAUGUACAUGUCAUGUAGCCACAAGCCUCUGCACUGAAAGGACCAGAGGAGGAGUGCAGUACAAAUGCAAGAGAUUGACACAUUUAAUAUAGACUGAUGUAAUUCAGUAUGUUCAGCUUGAACCAACAGUGUUACUGCAAUAUGACAAUAAUGUAUCAUCAUUGCAUGACUUGGCUUUACAGAAUGUGUGCUGUCAAUUUGACAGUGAAUCUAUCUUGAGCUGUCAGUUUUGGGGUGUUUGCUGAGAGAGUCACAGCCAGACGUGAUUGAUUGAAGUCAUGCACUACAGUAGCAAUCCUGUCUGUCUGUGAUGUGAAUGGUCUUUCUUUGUGUCUCAGUCAGAGCAGCUCUGGUGCAGACCUGAGGUGUUGAGGGAGUAUUUAGAUCUUCCUCAGAUCUCCAGUCAUUAUCUUUAUAGACUGCAAUGUGAUACUGGUCGAUAAGGCAGGCAGAGGCAUUUUUUCUUGAGCCUCAUAAAUGUACUUCCUCAAUAACAGGACACAUCUCUUGGCAGAAGCUUUCCUUCUCUGCUUUCAUUCCUCUUAAAUGUAUCAAGCUGCUGCACAUUUUAUUAUUUCAGGAAAUGAAUUCACAAUUCUUUAUAGGGAGAACGUUGUUAAAUGCCCAGCACUUAACAGUUGCGUGAGUGAAAUGUGAAUAAAUGACUGACUAAAUGUUAUCAGUUAUCUUACAUUUGCUAGGCCUAUCUGUCUCUUUGAUAAUAUUGUGACUGGCUGUAUUUGUAUUUUUUGGCAGGGUGCCCUAAGAAAUGCUAAGCCCAGGAACAUGAGGAUUACAUUUCAGUUGGAAAUGCCUCUGUUUCAGGAGAAUACGAGGGGAAGGGAGGAGGGAAUAGUAGUCGGGAGUGUGAGGUAAAGUGUCAAGUGCUGGAUGGAUGGUUUAGUUCCUCAGGAAGAUAAAAACUGUUUUGAGAAUGAGAAAAAUGGAGAGAAUGAAAAAGAGAGGAGAAUAGAACCAGUCUCUCUGAGGUCACACCAGGCCACAGAAUAGAGAGCAGGCUCUGUCCAGUUACAGUCUCCUGGGAUAACAGAACAGACUUCACCCUGGGCCCAUGACUGGUGUUUACCUGAGACGAUUCCAUGGCAGCCCUCCAAGCCUGGCCCAGUGAAACUCAACUCCUGCCUGGCCCUAGUGAAAACCAGGCAGUGUCGAGCCGCACCCAUGUAGCUGGUUUCCCCUGCUGAAGGAACUGUGCCCUCUCCCGUCUCUCUGUUUAAUGGAGGGCUGCGAGGGUGAGGUGUUAAUGAGGGGGUUUUGUUGAUGUAGUUCUUUGUGAUUGGUCUGUCAAUGCACACCUGACCUCUAAUUACAUUUUAUUAACUCAGACAGAUAAUUCAAUAUGGCUGCAGCACCAGUGGUGUGUAUUCAUGGAUUCCAAAGGAAGACAGGCUUCCCCCAAAAAUGGACCAAGAAACAAAUAUAAAAGAAUGUAUCUUUCGUCUCUCUUUGUUUCAUAAUUUUCCUUCAAUUCGCAAGAGGCUGAAUGUAUCUCACUGGAGAAAGCAUCCAAGCGAGCGUAACAGCGCCCCUCUGUCUCUGUAUGUGUAGGCCAUCUAUCUGAUGCUGUCUGUUUCAAGUUUCAAGUUUUAAUGUCACAUGCACAAGUACAGUGAAAGGCCUUUCUUGCAAACUCAAAACCCAACAAUGUAAUAAUCAAUAACAAUGUAUUAGUAGAAGGAAAAAAAACACGAGAAAUAAGAAUAGGAAAUAUGAAAUACACAAUAAAGUAAGUAAGUAAGCAUACUAUAUACAGGAAAUAUUUAAAAAGUCAGAUCCAAUACCAUAUUUACAAUGUGCAGGGAUACUGGAGUGAUGUAGGUAGAUAUGUAUAGGGGUAAAGGUGACUAGGCAACAGGAUAUAAGAUAAACAGAGUAGCAGCAGCUAGUAUGUGAGUGGGUGUGCGGGUGUGUAGAGUCAGUAUACAUUUCUGUGCAUAUUAUGUGUGAGUGAGCAGAUGAUGGAGUGUGUGUUUGUAGGUCCCUGUCAGUGUGCAUAGAUACAGUGCAAAGAUUGAAAUAAAAGGUCAAUAAAGGUACAAAGAUACUGGUGUUUACCUGAGACGAUUCCAUGGCAGCCCUCCAAGCCUGGCCCAGGGAAACUCAACUCCUGCCUGGUCCUGGAUGGCAGGUAGUCCAUGUAGCUAUUAUGUUAGCUAUUUAUCAGUUGUAUUGCUUGGAGAUAGAAGCUGUUAAAGAGAUUGUUGGUGUCAGACUUGAUGCAACGGUACCUCUUGCCGUGCGGCAGCAGACAAAAUAGUCUAUGGCUUGGGUGGUUGGAGUCUUUGACGAUUUUCCGGGUCUUCUUUUCACACCGCCUGAUAUAGAGGUCCUGGAUGGCAGGGAGCUCGGCCCCAGUGAUGUACUGGGCUGUCCGCACAACCCUCUGUAGCACCAUGCGAUCGAAGGCGGUGCUAUUGCCAUACCUAGCAGUGAUGCAGCCAGUCAAUAUGCUCUCAAUGGUACAGCUGUAGAACCUUUUCAGGAUUUGAGGGCCCAUGCCAAACUUUUUCAACCUCUGCCAGGGGGAAGAGGCACUGUCGAGCGACCUUCACGACUGUGCGUGUGUGUUUGGACCAUUUUAAGUCUUUAGUGAUUUAGACAUCGAGGAACAUCAUGCUGUCUACCUGCUCCACUGCCGCCCCGUCGAUGUGGAUGGGGGCGUGCUCCACCCCCCCUAUUGAGGGAGAGGAUGUUGCUCCGGUACCACACUGCCAAGUCACUGACCUCCUCCCUGUAGGCUGACUCAUCGUCGCCGGUGAUCAGGCCUACCACUAUCGUUUCGUCAGCGAACUUGAUAAUGGUGUUGGAGUCAAUCGUGGCCACACAGUCAUGGGUGAACGGAGUACAGGAGGGGACUAAGCACACACCCCUGUGGGGCCCCUGUGUUAAGGGUCAGCAUGGUGGAGGUGAUGUUGCCUACCCUCACCACCUAGGGUCGGCCCGUCAGGAAGUCCAGGAUGCAGUUGCAGAGGGAGGUGUUCAGACCCAGAGUCCUAAGCAAGGUGACGAGCUUGAAGGGGACAAAGGUGUUGAACGCUGAGCUGUAGUCAAUUAACAGCAUUCUCACAUAGGGAUUCCUCUUAUCUAGGUGGGUGAGGGCAGUCUGGUCCAAAACAGUAUGACAUUGUUGCCGCCCGUAGCAUUGAAUGCAAGAGAAGCCAUUGAGCAUUUAGCCUCCCUUGAUAAAAAACAGUAUAAAAUAAUAGCCAAUCAGCGUUGAGCUAAAUUGAGUGUGCUCAACUAUGAAUGCUCAUGGCGCACCCAAAAAAAGUGUCAAGGGAAGCCCGUUUGGAUUUGGCAUCACUCCUAUCAAAUCGCAUCGAGAGCAUACGUCAUUGACAGAAACAACUUGAAUUGUUGCAUUUCCUAAAUUAGCCAUGGAUGGAGAUGGGGAUUUGGACUUGUGGUUUUACUUAAUUCUCCGUACUCGCCAAUGAUUAUAACGGUGAUUCUGAUCCAACCAUUAAUUCAUACAUUGUGCCCCUGGCCUGAGAGGAUGGAAGUUCAAUAUGUAGCUAAAUGUAGAAUGUAGUUGACUAGCUAACGUUGCCCAUGAAAGGAAGUUAGGCUAGCGAGCAAGCGUUUUAGCCAAGUAGCCUAGAACAACAAAAAAUAAAAGCGUGUACUGUAUGACAGCGUGAUAUAUCAUUUUGUCAACAUGAAAGAGAGGAGGAUGGCAUUGGCGUUUCCCACAAGUAGGGGGAGUCAACAUGUUUUUUCUACUUGCAUGAACGCACACGCACGCACACAAAUCAGAAACAUGGCCAGCCACAUCAUAUUUAGCUUAUGUUGAUUGGACUAAAUUGUUUUUGGUAUCUUUUAGUUGUCACUGUAUUAGACUAAGCAGAGGUGAUUUGAUGAUGUUGAAAUGUUGAAGUUGAAAUGGUGCUGGAAUAGUGGAGGCAGCCCCUGUUAUCUUUGCGACGUGCGGUAACUCUCCGUGGUUCUAAAUCAAUAGUUGUUUAGUGGUCCGAAAAUAACAUUAACUUGCUAGACCAUGCUGUAGGUCAUGUACAGUAACUGCCUGUUACAUGCAAUAUGCUUUGUGGACUUUACCAGACAGAGGUUGCUCUCCGGUUUUGUGAUGAAACAAAGGUGUGGUUGAAUUUAUUCUGCCACUGUGUCUUCUUAUUGUCUCUGCCUUUAGGCCUAUAUAUCACGGUCGCAAGGCAUAUAAACUAUCAGGUUAAAGAGAAAACAGCGCAAUUAUCACAACACAUAGGUUCCCUAGUGAUUUUACCCACGCAUCGCUGCUGGACAGCACGCGGUUGCAUUUUAUUUACUGUGCUUUACUGUAGCCUAUGUGGAGAGAUAGGGUAAUGUAUCUUGGUAUAAUGCUUUAGGAUUUACUGAGAUAAUCUGUUUACAUUAUCUUAACCCCAGUUAUCUCUUAAGUACACUUUAUAUUCCUUUUCAGUUGUUAUAAGAAAAGGCACGUUUCAUAAAGAGUAUCCACCAUGCCUUUACAUGUCUAACCUUAUCUACUCCAAUACAGUAUAUGAUCAUGGUGUCGAGUAGCAUCACUGAUUUAGCCUGGCAAACAAUCCAUUAUUACAAUAGAAAUAUAAAGAUACAUCUUCCAAAACUAUAAAGACACAUUUGCUCCAUAGCAGGCUGCAGGUCCGUAAGUGUUGGCCUUAGAGCCGGAGGAUGUGGGCGGCUAUUCCAUAAGCAGCUGUAGAGGUUCUCUCUCCAUCCUAGCUUCUUUUAAACUGUCUGUGGAUUAAACAUUUGUUUGUUUACUGGCGACUCAUUAUUACAUUUUACAUUUUUACAUUUUAGUCAUUUAGCAGACGCUCUUAUCCAGAGCGACUUACAGUUAGCACAUACAUUAUUUUAUCGAACCCACAACCCUGGCGUUGCAAACGCCAUGCUCUACCAACUGAGCUACAUCCCCUGCCGGCCAUUCCCUCCCCUACCCUGGAUGACGCUGGGCCAAUUGUGCGCCGCCCCAUGGGUCUCCCGGUCGCGGCCGGCUACGACAGAGCCUGGAUUCGAACCAGGAUCUCUAGUGGCACAGCUAGCACUGCGAUGCAGUGCCUUAGACCACUGACUAUUAAAAUGGAAAAGAUUGCGUGCGGCUAACUGCUGUGCCAUGAUGACAGAGCCAUGUGUUAAUGGCUAUGAUUGACCUGUAGACACAUUGUCCCUCUCUCUGUGUCUGAUAUACAGUCUGGUUGGCUUCAGUUGAGGACACUGAUAUACAGUCUAGUUGGCUUCAGUUAGGGACACCUACACUACCAGUCAAAAGUGGUUUACAUUGUAGAAAAAUAGUGAAAACAUCAAAACUAUGAAAUAACACAUAUGGAAUCAUGUAGUAACCAAAAAAGUGUUAAACAAAUCAAAAUAUAUUUUAUAUUUGAGAUUCUUCAAAUAGCCACCCUUUGCCUUGAUGACAGCUUUGAACACUCUUGGCAUUCUCUCAACCAGCUUCAUGAGGUAGUCACCUAGAAUGCAUUUCAAUUAACAGGUGUGCCCUUCUUACAUUUACAUUUUAGUCAUUUAGCAGACGCUCCUAUCCAGAGCGACUUACAGUUAGUGAGUGCAUACAUUUUCAUACUGGCCCCCCGUGGGAAACGAACCCACAACCCUGGCGUUGCAAGCGCCAUGCACUACCAACUGUGGAAUUCCUUUCCUUAAUGCGUUUGAGGCAAUCAGUUGUGUUGUGACAAGGUAGAGGGGGUAUACAGAAGAUAGCCCUAUUUGGUAAAAGACCAAGUCCAUAUUAUGGCAAGAACAGCUCAAAUAAGCAAAGAGAAAUGACAGUCCAUCAUUACUUUAAGACAUGAAGUUCAGUCAAUACGGAAUAUUUCAAGAACUUUCUUCAAGUGCAGUCGCAAAGUUUCUUCAAGUGCAGUCGCAAAAACCAUAAAGCGCUAUGAUGAAACUGGCUCUCAUGAGGACCGCCUCAGGAAUGGAAGACCCAGAGUUACCUCUGCUGCAGAGGGUAAGUUCAUUAGAGUUACCAGCCUCAGAAAUUUCAGCCCAAAUAAAUGCUUCACGGAGUUCAAGUCACCGACACAUCUCAACAUCAACUGUUCAGAGGGGACUGUGUGAAUCAGGCCUUCAUGGUCGAAUUGCUGCAAAGAAACCACUACUAAAGGACACCAAUAAGAAGAAGGGACCUGCUUGGGCCAAGUAACACAAGCAAUGGACAUUAGACCGGUGGAAAUUUGUCCUUUGGUCUGGAGUCCAAAUUUGAGAUUUUUGGUUCAAACCGCCGUGUCUUUGUGAGACGCGGUGUGGGUGAACGGAUGUUCUCCGCAUGUGUAGUUCCCACCGUAAAGCAUUGAGGAGGAUGUGUUAUGGUGUGGGGGUGCUUUGCUGUUGAUACAGUCUGUGAUUUAUUUAGAAUUCAAGGCACACUUAACCAGCAUGGCUACCACAGCAUUCUGCAGUGAUACGCCAUCCCAUCUGGUUUGUCAUCAAGGCAAAGGGUGGCUAUUUCAAGAAUUUCAAAUAUAAAAUAUUUUUUGAUUUGUGUAACACUUUUUUGGUUACUACAUGAUUCCAUAUGAGUUAUUUCAUAGUUUUGAUCUCUUCACUAUUAUUCUACAAUGUAAAAAAUAGUAAAAAUAAAGACACUGAUAUACAGUCUGGUUGGCUUCAGUUGGGGUCACUGAUAUACAGUCUGGUUGGCUUCAGUUGGGGACACUAAUAUACAGUCUGGUUGGCUUCAGUUGGGGACGCUGAUAUACAGUCUGGUUGGCUUUAGUUGGGGACACUGAUAUACAGUCUGGUUGGCUUCAGCUGGGGACACUGAUAUACAGUCUGGUUGGUUUCUGUUGGGGACGCUGAUAUACAGUCUGGUUGGCUUCAGUUAGGGUCACUGAUAUACAGUCUGGUUGGCUUCAGUUGGGGAUACUAAUAUACAGUCUGGUUGGCUUCAGCUGGGGACACUGAUAUACAGUCUGGUUGGUUUCAUUUGGGGACACUAAUAUACAGUCUGGUUGGUUUCAUUUGGGACACUAAUAUACAGUCUGGUUGGUUUCAGCUGGGGACACUGAUAUACAGUCCGGUUGGCUUCACUUGCUGUAUCUCUCUUCAGUUGCUGUGCCCCUCUCUUCUGUGUGUGUGUCUGAGCUACAGGUCCCCUGUAAAGUAAUGAUGGACUGUCAUUUCUCUUUGCUUAUUUGAGCUGUUCUUGCCAUAAUAUGGACUUGGUCUUUUACCAAAUAGGGUUAUCUUCUGUAUACCCCCUCUACCUUGUCACAACACAACUGAUUGCCUCAAACGCAUUAAGGAAAGGAAUUCCACAGUUGGUAGAGCAUGGCGCUUACAACGCCAGGGUUGUGGGUUCAUUUCCCACGGGGGGCCAGUAUGAAAAUGUAUGCACUCACUAACUGUAAGUCACUCUGGAUAAGAGCGUCUGCUAAAUGACUAAAAUGUAAAUGUGUGUGUUCUGUGUCCGCAGUACGGCAGAAGUCCCCUGCACCUGGCUUCCUACAAGGGCCACAUCGAGGUUCUGCGCAUUCUGCUGAAGGCCGGCUGCGAUCUGGACAUCCAGGACGAUGUAAGACUGUCUGUUUAUAUGCUGACUUUCAUUUGCUGUUUCCAGCUUGCACUGCAGUCAUGAUUUUGAUAAUGAACGUGUGUGUGGACCAUUGCUUUGUGUUCUCUGGCACUGCAUUAGUGUUGCUCAUAAUCUUCCCAAAUGGACAUCACACCCAUAUUACACAAUGUAAUAUUUAUACAAUCACGCAAAACAAACUCCAGAAUUUUUAACUUAGAACGUGUGAGAGGUCACUUUUGAAACACACAAACGACACAAUUGCAUGAAGGUUCUGAGUCUGGUUGCUGGUCUGUUUGAUUGCAGUGUGGUUUCUCCUGCGUGCGGACUCCUUUUCCAUUUCUCUAAGACUGUCACACUAGUAAUGUAAUGUCCUCCAGUGGCCUAGAGUGGGAUUAUUUGGACUGCCAUCUUGAGGGAUGCAGCAGCCCUCCACGAGGCUCACCCUCUGGGUGCAGGUCGCCCCUCCUACCCCUCCCCAGUACCACACCCACAGAUAAUGGCCCAAAGCUCUGGCGCUCCCAAAUUCUCUCCAUCUGGUCAAUGAGCUCCCGAUCCCGAACCUGCCGCAGCAUGUCCCCAGCCACCAAUGGGAUGAGUGGCCACAAGGAGAAGGAGGAGGAGGAGGAGGAGGAGGAGGAGGAGGGGAGAGAGAGACGGCAGUGGAGGAAAGCUGCUGGGACUGGGCCUGGGAGAGAGCCUGGGAGAUCAGGGAGAGUGAAGAAGGAGGUUAGAGAAAAGCUGUUUGGCACGCCUCUUAGUUAUCUCGAUUGGAAUGACCAAACCAAACCAAACCCCACCUCCUCUGGUCAAAGGAAUCAGCGCUUCUUCUUGCUUCCUUUCUUCCACCCUUCUCAUCAUGUCAUGUCAAACCUGGCCUGCUAAACGUCACUCUGUUCAGCUGCUGUGAGAAGGGUUCUCCAUGUUUGCAGGAAUUCCAUUUAUGGUAGAACAUAAAUGAGAGCUGGGCUGAACUUAGUGCUUUUGCCUGCUGCUUCUGUGGUUGUGUUCACUGCUUUGUAUGGAGGAUGCCUACUGUAGUAGACUGUGAUUAGUAUGAAGGCCUAUCUGGUGUCAUACUGCAGCGAUGAUUGUCAUUUCUUGUGUCAAUAACAACCUGAAACUUUGUUGGAUAGAUGAUGUACUCAUUGUGAGAGAGCCUACUAAAAAGUUGACCUACUGCAUUUUGUUGUUGUAUUCAUCAUUGUCCUCUGAACUAAUUGUUGAUGUGUGGGUGGGAAAAUAACCCCCUAACUGAGCUGUGUGUGUGUGUGUGUGUGUGUGUGUGUAUGUGUGUGUGUGCGUGCAGGGUGAGCAGACAGCCUUACAUCGGGCAGCCGUGGUGGGAAACAGUGACGUUAUCUCUGCCCUCAUCCAGGAAGGGUGUGCUCUGGACAGACAGGACAAGGUACAUAUCUCUCACACACACACACACACACACACACACACACACACACACACACACACACACACACACACACACACACACACACACACACACACACACACAAACAGCGCUCACACAGGGCUAAAAGCAGAGCCCCAAUGCAAUGGGAUUUUAAACCCCAACAAACUGUCAGCACUAACACUAUUUGACAAUCUGUAGAGAAAACACUGUGCCUGUAAUUGGCUUAACCCCCAUUUAUUCCCAGCGAAGAAAAUAGAAUGCGUCCCAAAUGGCACACUAUUCCCUAUGGGCCAUGGUCAAAGGUAAUGCACUAAAUAGGGAAUAGGGUGGCAUUUUGGAUUCAUCAAUAGCCCCAUGGAAGUCCAUGUGGAUAGAAAGACUGUAUAUUGCUAGGCCUCGACAUGCAACCUCUUACGUUACCUCACUAUCUCCUCCUUAUCCUGCUAUUUCAGCUAUUUUGACUGAAUGAAAACCAAUAACAGAGUUGUCCAGUAUGAUAGUUACUAAUCCAGAAGUCAGGUGGUAGAUGUUUAAAGCUCUUGACUUGUGUGUGUUAUUACAGGACGGUAACACUGCUCUGCAUGAGGUCUCGUGGCACGGCUUCAGCCAGUCUGUCAAACUGCUGGUUAAGGCCGGAGCCAACGUUCACGCAAAAAACAAGGUGAUUCUACUGCAAAUACUGUAGAUGUGAUUGGUUAUAAAACAGGUGGUGUUCUAGGAGGUCCUGUACUGCGACAGCAGACUAAUAUAUUUUAGUGUUGACCUGGGUUGUGUUCAAUAGGGCACACCAUAGCAGAGAUAUACAGCACUGGAGGGUGGUGAGGGGAGGACGGCUCAUAAUAAUGUCCAGAUCGGAGUUAAUGGAAUAGCAUCAAACACAUGGAAACUGGAAUGGAGCGAAUGAUACCAUUCCAUUCGCUCCGUUCCGGCCACCAAUCUCCUGGGAAUACAGCUGCAAAACUGAAAUAUGUUCCAAAACUUUAUCUCGCUGUUAAACACAACCCUGGUGUCUGUCUGUCCAUGUAGGCAGGGAACACAGCCCUUCACCUUGCCUGUCAGAACGGCCAUGCUCAGAGCUCCAAGGUCCUACUGCUGGGUGGCUCCAGGCCCGACAGCAAGAACCAUGUAAGUCCUCUUCCUCUAUGGUUGGCUAGUCUAUGGGGUGCCAUUUGUAACCUGCUCUAUUUUGUGUGAAAGAUUAAUUCCGUGGCACGAAAUUGAGCUAGUUACAUAUGGCACCGCAUCGUAGUCUGAACCACUGCUUAGGAAAUCCAUGCUGACAAUAGAAGCCUUUCUACAGUUAAAUAGCACCACAUAGCAGUUUGCAUGCUUAAGUAGUCACUUAAUUAUGAAACGACGUAAGCGUGUGUGUGGUUUACUCUGCACUUCAAAUCUAAUCUCCCUCAUGGGUGAACUGCUCUCAGUCAACAAGAACAAAGCUACAGAGCAGAGGAAGUAGCUCUCAAUGCCGUUCGUUUGUCCUCGAGUCACUUCCCUGUGCCAUAAAAAUGCUCCUGUCUUUGAUUGCUAUCCCAACAUCUGCGUGAAUGGAAACUCGAGCUGUGUGUGUUGUGGUGGUGGUCUCUCUUCAUUGUGCUUCAGGUAGGUGACACGUGUCUGCAUGUGGCAGCCCGCUACAACCAUGUGUCCAUGCUCCGUAUCCUCCUGGGAGCCUUCUGCUCUGUGGCAGAGAAGAACCAGGUUAGUCUGAACAUGUGACUGACACUGCUUUCACACAGAGGCCUUUACCUUAUUUUUCUGAUAUUUGAAGGGGGUGUGAAUGCAGCUCGAGACCCUACUUUGACACUACUUCCUUUCUGCUCAUUGAGAUGUAAUGGAGAAAUUACAUUUAUUAUAACUUUGAUAGAGAAGGUCUUUUAAAUGUCGAUCAUUUUUUGGUAAAAUGCUAUUGCGAUGCAUGUACAACUACUAUGUGAAUGUACUUCUUUAGUAGCUUUAUCCAUUUAAUGUAAUAAUAUCAUUGUCAUGUAAAUCAUAUAUUUGUUAAAGGUCCUUCACUUGCUGUAUCCUAACUUAGUCUUAGCAUUGUGCACUGGAUAUAUUAUAGUUAUGGCUGUAUUUAGGUUUUAAUAGCACAGAGCAGGGACUUACAGUAUAACAUUGUUCUGUAUUUGUUUGUUGAAGCAUAAAAAUCCAACAGAACAUUCAGUAUGCUAAGUCUCUCUCUCCUCUCCUCUCUCUCUCUCUCUCUCUCUCUCUCCUUUCUCUCUCUCUCUCUCUCUCUUCCUCUCUCUCUCUCUCUCUCUCUCUCUCUCUCUCUCUCUCUCUCUCUCUCUCUCUCUCUCUCUCUCUCUCUCUUCUCUGGGCCAGGCUGGGGACACACCGCUGCAUGUUGCAGCUGCGCUGAAUCAUAAGAAAACAGUGCGGCUUCUGCUGGAGGCAGGAACAGACAGCAGCAUUCGCAACAACGUGAGUAAAGUGCCUCCGUACCCCGGCCCUACUAUGUUCACUAUGCUCUGGAGCAGUCAUGCACUUCUAAAGGCCCUCUUAAUCUCGACUAAUGUCACCGCACAUUUUGUUUGGUGAAUAACCUGCUCUCGAGCCAUCCUUGUAGUAUUUCACUCAGUUAAAGCCAUGCAGACUUUGAUGAGUAACAGUAUACUGUUCAAGAAACAUCAUUUUGGCAUACUGACAACUGAAAUAGCUACAUGGAAAUAUAUUUGUAUAUUCGUCCUCAACAUAUACAGUUGAAUCGUUCAUCUCUAACUAGGCCUGCGUCCUAUUCUCUAGAUCCCUCAAACUCAUCUCUGGACCUCCAAGUCAGUUCCACUGCAUUUUUUCAUUGUUCCCCUCUAGUCAGACUUAUUUAGACCUGUGAUACCAGUUGUGUGCAAUUAAUUAUCAGGUAGAACAGAAAACCAGCAGGCUCUGGACCCUGGUCAAAAGUAGUGCACUAUAAAGGGAAAAGAGUACCAUUUGGGACACAGUCUAGGUGUUGAUUGGCCUCAUCUGUGUGUGUGAAGGCAGGCCAGACUGCACUGGACCAGGCCAGAGAACACAACAACCCAGACGUUGCCCUUCUCCUGACCAAAGCGCCUCAGGUGAGUACAGGUUCACCAGGUCUGACCAGCAGGGGCAGCCAAGCAGUGUUUAUCACCUCCUCACAUGCCUGCUCACUAUAUAUUUAUAUAGAAACACUCAUGCUGACAACUGUGUUUGGACUUGAGUUACGAUACUUCAGGUGUUUGACUCAUGCUUUAUCGGUCUAAAGUUCUCAUAUCGCCAUAACACUUAUCUGACUUCAUUCCUGUGGGUUGGCAGUAAAGGUGUUCCUGCAUCAAGUGCAAGUAUGGGCAGAGUCCAUGGGAGACUACUAUAGAUUUGAUAGAUAUGCACUGGCACUUGGGAAGAGAUAGGGAAAAUGAGAGGAUAAACUAAAGUCAGCAUUCUUUAGCUAAUAUCCCUUAUCAAUUAACUACUUACUGAUUCAACCAUCACUGAUUUGAUCAUUUGCAUUUGAUCCAGUGUAAUUAGCUGGAUAUAGGCUAAAGUCAUUUAAAUUCAGGAUGGCUAACCAAUCAGUAAACUUGAAGCCUCAGUAAAUAAUACACUGGCCUUCAGUUCGUAACCUGUUCUCCCUCUUUAUGUUCAUGUCCAGAGCUUUACCCGAGGCAGGAGUGUGAGGAAGAGGAGGGACAAGCUGAAGGCAGAUCGCCGAACACAGUCUGUCCCCAGGGAUGACAUGCUGCCCAGGAAGGUACAGUUACAGUACAGCUGCUCAUCUCAUUCCUACUGUGUGUGUGUGUCAGGAUAUGAUAGCAUAGAUGCUCAGAUGUUCGCCUGAAAGACUAAUUUUUUGUCGUUUCUCACAGGACAGCGCAUCUGCUGCUGAUGACACCCCCAGCAGCGACCGCGUCGCCCGCAAACAUGAGGUGAUCGAGGCGAGCACCAGCAAGAGCACAAACAGGAAGCUCAAAGAGAAGGUCAGCUAUUACCGUAACCUUCUGACAACAACACAUUUACCCAGGUGAAAUAUGUUAUUAAUAUUAAACAGGUGGAAUAUGUGAUGAGCUGUAAUGUGCUGUUGUGUCAUGCAGCCCUCGCUCUCAGACCCCCUCCGUCGUAGAGAGAACAAACACGGAGAGAAGAGGCGGGACAAACUGCGAGGCUCCUCCCCCCAGCCCCCGCUCCCCCCACACAACUACAAGGCCUAUCAGCUGUACACUCUGUACCGAGGCAAGGAUGGCAAGGUCAUGCAGGUAGAUAGAAAUAGCACAUGCUCACUGUCUCUACAAUGACUCAGACCCUGGUCCUUUUGUUUGAACAUUUUCAUGUGAUGCUAUGAUUUCAUUACGCUUACCAAAUUCACUUUUAAUGUAGGUUUUAAAGCACUGUGAAUGGAGCUACUAUCAGAGAUGUUCUGUAACGUAGAAACCUUGUAAGAGGCUUUGCUACUAUAUUCUUCUAUUUAGAAACAUAUAUUUCAGUUGGAGUAUGGCCCUGCAACAGACUAGCAUCCUGCCCAGGGGGUUUACUCAGGGGCGCAACUUUGGUUUUAGUCGGAUAAACACUCCAAACAGCCUACCCGACCGCUCGGAGGUGUCCACAUGGUCCUAAAGCACACCGUUGCCUCGUUUCCUAUCACAUUCCAAUAAUAAAACUGGGGGGGACAAAAAUACAAUUUCAGACUGUGGAGGGGACAUGUGUCCCCCGUCCCCAGUGAAAGUUGCGUCCCCUUGUACAUCUAGCUGCCUCAUGCUUACUGCUUACUUAUGUUUCGGUCUGUUAGUCUUCACUGUCGUGGCUCAGUGCUCAUGGUUAUUGUCUGUGUCCCAGGCCCCUAUCAACGGCUGUCGCUGUGAGCCUCUGAUCAACAAGCUGGAGAACCAGCUGGAGGCCACCAAGGAGGAGAUGAAGACAGAGAUCCACACAGUGCAGGACCUGAUGAACAACAAGAUGGGAGAGCUGGACCGCAAGAACAAACAUCAGGUACAGACCAGACCAGGGUUGUGUUCAUUAGGGAAGGCAACAUAAAAUGUUUUGCAACAAAAAAACUAAAAGGAGCGUUUCUUAUUGGACCAGUCCAGGUAGAUCAGUCCCAGUUUCAGUCCUUUCUCUACCGUUUGGUGCCUAAUGAACACUACCUACAUCACACCAGUCUCUUAAGUCACAGCAGUGCCGGUGGAUGUGGGGCGGGAAAUCCAUGCAUGUAUAAUUUGUGCUGAUUUUGCAUAGCCUAUUAAUGAAAUGAAGUGUAAUGUUGCUAAAGUCAAAAACAGCUCUGAGCUUUUGUGUCACAACCGGCGUCUUGCAUUAAUCAUGACAGCUCUGUCAGGCUCAGGCAUUUAACUCUGUGGUUUGUGAUUGUGUGGUUCUAGAUCCGUGCUCUGGAUAAGAUGACAGUAGAGAGGGUGUCAGCGGAGAGGACAGAGUGCCAACACAGGAUCGACCAGAGGGCCAUGCAGGAGAGACAGGAGGGGGAGAAGAGACAGGUAAUACUAACAGCAGUGUCAACACAGGAUCAACCAGAGGGCCAUGCAGGAGAGACAGGAGGGGGAGAAGAGACAGGUAAUACUAACAGCAGUGUCAACACAGGAUCAACCAGAGGGCCAUGCAGGAGAGACAGGAGGGGGAGAAGAGACAGGUAAUACUAACAGCAGUGUCAACACAGGAUCAACCAGAGGGCCAUGCAGGAGAGACAGGAGGGGGAGAAGAGACAGGUAAUACUAACAGCAGUGUCAACACAGGAUCGACCAGAGGGCCAUGCAGGAGAGACAGGAGGGGGAGAAGAGACAGGUAAUACUAACAGCAGUGUCAACACAGGAUCAACCAGAGGGCCAUGCAGGAGAGACAGGAGGGGGAGAAGAGACAGGUAAUACUAACAGCAGUGUCAACACAGGAUCGACCAGAGGGCCAUGCAGGAGAGACAGGAGGGGGAGAAGAGACAGGUAAUACUAACAGCAGUGUCAACACAGGAUCAACCAGAGGGCCAUGCAGGAGAGACAGGAGGGGGAGAAGAGACAGGUAAUACUAACAGCAGUGUCAACACAGGAUCGACCAGAGGGCCAUGCAGGAGAGGCAGGAGGGGGAGAAGAGACAGGUAAUACUAACAGCAGUGUCAACACAACAAGAGAGGGUGGUCUAUGCCAUAUCACUUUUUCAUUCGAAGUUCAGCUCAGACAUUUCAACAAUGCAUUAACAUAAAUACUAUUUUCCCCUAAUGUUUCCCGUCACUAAACCCCUUAUUGUCUUGGUCUGCCCUUCAAGCAGGCAUCAGUGGUGAACGAGCUGAAGAACUGGUGCAUGGCCAAGCUCCAGAACAUUGAGGUGCGCUUCGCCGGAGACCCCCGCAACGCCAAGCUGUGCCGGUCCUCGUCCAUGGCUGAGGGCCUGUGUGAGGUGGACCCUGGGGGCCUCACCGUGCUGGCUGCUGGGGGGCCUGGGGGCAGCUCCCAGUGUCUGGCCCCCCACACCACUGACCUCACCGAGGGAGACCACAACACCACCGCCACAGAGGACCCCUCAGUCAACCACUACUUUGCUGUUCAGGUGGACAGCUCUCCGGGUACGGUUAAAACAGAACUCAGUGAACUAGCCAGCACUCUGAAUUACUAUGCUUAUGCACAUGCACAUACACAAAGAGUGGGAACUAAUUUCACGCAGAUACAGGCUUGUGUAAGCGUUACAUAAUCUACGUUUAUUACGUUUAUUUUUCUUAGGUCAAACCCUUUUUUUUAAAGUAAAGCGUGAAUGUGGCCCAAAUAUAACAUUUUCACAGAAAUGCUAAAAUUAUUGUUGCCUGUGGCAGGUUAAUUAAUAUAUCAUCCCAAGCUAUCAGAUUGCAUAUCUCACUGGAACUAAUUUGAAUAAUCAUAAAUUAUUUGCUCUAAGGUUUACUUUUUAAUUGAAAUUCAUUCAAUAAUUGCCUCUUGGAAACCUUCCAGACAGUGAUAAACAUCACAAGCGAGCGGAGAUCUCCUCCCCAACUCCCGCCAAGUUCCUGUCACCGUCUCCCCAAGUGGUGCGACCCAAGGAGCGCUUGCUGGGCGCUACUGAAACUCGGAGGCCGUAUCAGGACAUGGCGCUACUGGAGUUGGGAGUGAGCAGCAGAGGCAACAACAACCGGGCCAGCAGUCUGUCCCCAGCUACAGAGCGCCGCUGCAGCAGCAGACAGGACAAGGACCGCGACAGGGAGAGGGAUAGAGACCGGGAGCGGGGCAGGGACAAGGGCAAGCACCACAAGAGGCACUCCCAGGGCAGGACUAAGGCCAAAGGGGACAAGAGGGCCACGGUGGGACAGGCCGAGGGGACUCAGACUCUGGAGGUGUUUGAGGAGAGAGCCGUGGAGAGAGGCGGAGGGGAGAGCUCCUUUGCCCAGGAAAGGGAGAACAUGCACGCCCUGGAGGUGACACAGUACUUCUUCGAGGCGGUGUCGACCCAGAUGGAACGCUGGUAUGAGAGGAAGAUCCAGGAGGCC